AUGGCGGUGGCCGGCGAUGCCAUCGACAACGAAUUGACCGUUGACAGCGAAAUCGACGAAGUAUUGCUCAAUCUCGUACUGCAGAAGAAACUCGAAGUGUCCACCGUCAUUAAAGUUGGAAGUAUUCCUAAAACCGAACCCAAAAGCUUCGACCAACUCCAACGAGUUAUCACCAAAAUAUUUACGCAGUUUGGUAAGAUCCUCAGAGAUUACUAUCCAAAAUCUGAAAAUGGCGACACUAAAGAUUACUUAUUCAUUGAAUAUGAAAAACACGAAAGCGCAUUGAAAGCUGUUAAGAGAGCUAAUAAUUCCCGAUUCUGUGAACUUCCUUUAUUAGUACAAUUAGUUUCUGACUGUAAGACAAUAGCAACCCUGCUACAGCCAAUACCAGGUUAUAAUGAGCAUCAUUUCUGGAGUAAGUCUAGUACAUAUGAUCAAUAUCAUGUUAACAAGAGUUUAUACAUUCGUAUUCAAGAUUGGAUGAAUAACGUUCCACAUAUACCAGAUUUAGAAAAACGUUUAAUGAUGGCAGAAGCCCAAUUGGCCAAAAAUAAACUUUCCGGGUAA